AUGGAUACUUUCCAAUUCCCUAAACUCCUGAAAAAUUCCAUUCUCAUCAUAUUUUUCCUGCAAAUCUCAUUCUCUCUAUCAUGGGGUUUCUUCAUCCCUGUGGAUAAUUACCUAGUUCAUUGCGGAUCGGUUGAAAACACAGUCCUCAACAAUCGAAUCUUCGUUAGCGAUUCGUCUGGUUGUGGAUCGAAUUUAUGGUCUGCAGCUAGGACAACCUCUCUCAAAGAUGAAAACCCACUUGAAGGUUCAUCUCCUCUUUAUCAUACAGCCAGGGUUUUCACAAAACUAUCAAAUUAUGAGUUUGAAAUCAAAGAAAAGGGAACUCAUUUCGUACGUCUUCAUUUCUUUCCUUUUGAUUCAACGAAACUUAAUCUCUCGGAUUCUCUUUUUCAUGUUUCUGUUAAUGGGGUUUUGCUUUUGAGCAAUUUUACCGGUCAAGAGGAGGAGAGUCGUAAUUUCAAAAAUCCUGUUUUGAAAGAAUAUCUAAUAUGGGUUGAAAGUGGUGAUAAGCUUGUACUUUCAUUCAUUCCUUCAAAAGAAUCAUCUUUUGCAUUUGUGAAUGCCAUUGAGGUUAUUUCUGCACCUAAAGAUCUCAUAGCUGAUACUGCACAACAUGUUACCUCUGAAAGAGUUGAGAAAUAUAAUGGAUUGACUAAAGAGGCGUUAGAGACGAUUUACAGAAUUAAUAUUGGAGGUCCAAAGGUUACACCUUUUAACGAUACUUUAUGGAGAACUUGGAUACCUGCUGAUGGGUUCUUAAAAUUAGUUGCUGCUUCAAAGGCAAUUUCAUUUAGUGGCAGGAUCAAAUAUCAUGCUGGAGGAGCCAGCCGAGAAGUUGCUCCUGAUAAUGUUUACAGUUCUGCCAGAAUAAUGAGUUACCCUAAUGUUUCAAUGCCAGAUUUUAACAUAACAUGGGUUUUCCCUGUUAAGUCAGGCUAUAGUUACCUUGCUCGGAUGCAUUUUUGUGAUAUUGCUAGUAUGGCUCUUAAUGAGCUCUAUUUCGAUAUUUACAUAAAUGGGUAUGCUGCCUACAAAGAUUUUGACAUGUCAGAGCUUUCAGGCCAGAUGCUUGCUGCUCCUUAUUACGCUGAUUUUGUAAUCGAUGCUCAUACUGCCAAGGAGUUGACGAUUAGCAUUGGCCCGUCAAGUCUUAGCAGUCCAGAAAGAAUUAAUGCGAUACUGAAUGGGUUAGAGAUCAUGAAGAUGAAUAAUUCUAUGGGUAGUCUUGAUGGAGAAAUCUCAGUGGAUUCAAUUAUGCGGAGUUCACCAAGAAGGCAUAUGGGGAUUUCAGCGCCCUCAGUUGUUGUUUUAAGUUUAUUGCUUGCUGCAUUUGUUCUGCAUAAGAGGAGGACUGGGAAGAAAGACUCCAUGGGGUGGUCACCGUUGCCUGUGGAUGUUCCAGAAGGCAAAUAG